AUGGAGAAACUACCGCUCGCGGAGAAUAACGACAACCAUGAUGGAACGAGAGUGUCAGAAGACUACUGGAAAACUAAAGAGUUGUGUCGCACGGCAAUCAAGAAUCUUCAGACCGUUUGUGAAGCACUCCACGUACUGAAGUAUCUAGAGCCCGGAGAACCCGCGGACCCCGAAGAAAUCAAACGUAAAUUCCAAUAUGAAUGGACGAGCAGCGUGUCGAGCGACGGCGGGGUGAACUACAGCCAGACGUUCGACUUCGCUUUCUCCGCAACGAAGAAUGCCUCCGAUUCGCUCAAAACCCUGAGCCGUGAGCUCAGAGGAAAUAACAAAGCCAAGUCUGCCGAGGUCAACGCCAAGUCGCUCAUGACGCGAUUCGAGCAAAGUAAAGGAGAAUUCAUGGACAUCGAUGCGAGGACUUCAGCGAGGAAGCUCGUUGUGGGCUUACUCGAUCACUUGCGAGUUCGAAGCGUCGGAGGAGAUCAACGCUAUCUCGCGGUGCCUUGGAUCAACUACGAUUUCACGGAGAAUCGCGAACUCACGCUCUUCCCGAAGAAAAGUGCGACCGUGGCAGACCUCCUCCACGAGGCUGAAGGAGCGCUUCAUCCCGGAGACCUGGACAUUCAUCAUGGAUCGGGUAAGCUGCGGCUGCUCGAGAUCGAUGCUCAUCUCAUCACUAAGAUUCUGCCCGGAACUACGAAUCUGAGGGAGCUCGACGUCACUAGUAAAACGCUUCGUAUCGAAGAAGUUCCGAGGGAGCAGCUCGAAGCCGUCGACAACAAGCGCACGGCUCUUCUGCCCUGCGCGUAUUAUCAGCCUGAGAUCUGCCGCACGCAUGGGACACCGUUCCUGAUCAAGAUCUACAACGAUGAACCCUUCCAGGCGGUGCGCGAUAGGAUUCAGGAGAGAUUGAAGAUUGUCGAUGACGAGUUCGCCAAGUGGCGUCUCUUCGUCAUUUCUGAGGGCUGUGUGACAUACAUCCAGAACCCACAGGAAGCUGUGAACGUUCCUGAACUGAUGCGGGAUUGCCAAGGAGGUUUCUCGGCGAUACCAUGGCUCGGCUUAGACUCCAUCAACAUGACUCCGAAGACCACGAGACUGCACCGUCAGAAAAAGAAGAAAAAGCCACAAAAUUUCCUACUGAUUUGGUAAUUGGAGAAUUGACUCGACUCUCGACCUCAACACCUGGAGAGCAACAUUUAAAGAUCUUUCACAUGGCAAGCGCGUACACAAGACGCGGCGGAUGUUCGUAUAAUCUGACUAAAAUCGAGGGACGAAAAAAAUCGGCACAGUGUCAAAUGCAUGACAAGAAAAACAACGUACGAAGAGUUCAAAGCGUUUCCCACAUCGUCCGGCGACAGGGAUAACUCAUCAAAGACGAUUCCCUCGUCGAUGUGGUCGUCGGUCUCCGCUCUUGCGGAUUGGAUGGAUAUGAAAUGUCCGAAGUUUAGGAACUCUAGUAAUCAUUCCAUCGGAGACCGUCGCGACCGGUCGGUACUUUCCCCAUUGUGAAUUUUGAAUCGAAAUAACAGUCGACCGCCGUGUCGCGAUCGCAGCCUCACUUGUGCCUCCAGCUUCGGCAGCAGGAGCUCUGCCUCGACGUCGGGGUGAAAUAUCACAUAGAGUGCAGCCUCGGAGAUGAGAGAGCUGCUGUUCAUUUCGACAAUCAGCUGUCAUGCAUCCGAUGAAAGUUACUGUAAACUGUAAAAAAAGCUCA